AUGGUCGGCGGCCCGUGCGCACGCAGGCUGGCCCGCCGCUCGCGCUCCGCCCUGAUCGCAGCCCUCACGGUGCUGCUGGUCCAGACUCUGAUCGUGUGGAACUUCAGCACCCUCGACUCGGCCGAGGAACGAGAGAAGGCGGGCUCCAGCUCCAGCAGCGUGCGCGAGAAGAGGGACCGGGUCGCGGGCAACAACAAAGCCGCCGGCAGCGACUCUUUCCAGCGCGGCGUCCAGCGGCAGCAUCUUCCUCCGCCGGGGAGGGGGGCGUCUCGCCACAUCCAGCAGCCGGAUGGAUAUUACUCCCACCGACCGAAGGAGAAAAGUAAAGUCGACAGCAACAUUGAGAACUCUGUGCCCAAAGACUUUGAAAAUAUAGACAAUAGCAACUUUGGUGCACGUUCUCAGCCACACCGCCAGUCUAUAGGAGCCACCAGCAACAAGCAGCGGGAGCGUCUGCAGGCCCACGCCCAGCAGCAGGCUUGGCACGACAACUCCCACAGACCGGGCCGCAGCUCCAACGAAGUUCUGUCUGUAGGCCACCAGUCACUGGCAGUUAGCAACAACACUUCCUAUCCUGGUGGUCAGGGCAUCCUGGGAGGUCAGCAGCAGCACCACCGGACCUCUCAAGCCCAGCCUGCCCAACCACAGCACCGACAUCAGCACCCCCACAGGAAGCAGGCAACUCCAGCGACGCUGGAGGUGACGUACGAUGAGCCUCCCAAAUGUGAGAUCAGUGGCAAGGAAGCCAUAUCAGCCCUGUCCAGGGCAAAGAGCAAAGAGUGCCGGCAGCAGAUUGCUGAGGUGUACUGCAGACACAAGGAGGGCCAGUUAAUGCCUGACGCAGUUACUCGUUACUGCCCCAUUGAAGGUAAAGCGAACGUGAACAUCCAGUGGGAUGAAGACUCUGCUGAGAGCGUUUCAUCGAAACCGGUGAGGAUAGCGUUCGUCCUUGUGAUCCACGGACGAGCCUCUCGCCAGUUCCAACGCCUCUUCAAAGCCAUCUACCACAUCUCGCACUACUACUACAUACACGUUGACCAGCGCUCUAACUACCUGCACAGGCAGGCACAGGUCUUGGCGUCCCAUUAUCCCAAUGUGAGGGUGACACCAUGGCGCAUGGCCACCAUCUGGGGAGGGGCCAGUUUGCUGACCAUGUAUCUGCGCAGCAUGGCUGACCUGCUGGCCAUGAGGGACUGGAACUGGGACUUCUUCAUCAAUCUCAGCGCUGCCGACUACCCAAUCAGGACCAACAACCAGCUGGUGGCCUUCCUGUCCAAAUACAGAGACAUGAAUUUCAUUAAGUCCCAUGGCAGGGACAAUGCAAGGUUUAUCCGUAAGCAGGGUCUAGAUCGCCUGUUCUACGAGUGUGACACUCACAUGUGGAGGCUGGGCGAUCGACGGAUCCCCGAGGGCGUCUCUGUGGACGGUGGGUCCGACUGGUUCCUUCUCAACCGCAUGUUUGUUGAAUAUGUGAUCAACUCCAAGGACGACCUGGUCACCAAUAUGAAGCAGUUCUACGCUUACACCCUGCUACCUGCUGAGUCGUUCUUCCACACUGUGCUGGAGAACAGUGCCCACUGUGAGAGCAUGGUGGAUAACAACCUGCGCAUCACAAACUGGAACCGUAAACUGGGGUGUAAGUGUCAAUACAAGCACAUCGUGGACUGGUGUGGAUGCUCUCCCAAUGACUUCAAGCCUGCUGACUUCCACCGCUUCCAGCAAACGGUUCGGCCCACCUUCUUCGCUCGGAAGUUUGAAGCCAGCGUGAACCAGGAGAUAGUGAACCAGCUGGAUGCCUACCUGUUUGGACCGUUUCCUCAGGGAGCGCCGGGACUGAACUCGUACUGGGAGAAUGUGUACGACGAGCCAGAUGGCGUCGCCAGCCUGUCGGACACACAGCUCACGUUCUACCACUCCUUUUCAAGACUGGGCCUCGGUCGAGCUGCAGCUUCACUGCAGGGAAACCCAAACGAUCACAGCUGCAGGUACUUCCCCAUGGGCCACCCGGUGUCGGUGCAUCUCUACUUCCACUUUGACCAGUUCCAAGGCUACCUGGUCCAGCACCACGCCACAAACCUGGCAACGAGCAAGCUGGAGCUCAUGGAGACCUGGGUGGCGCCCAAGAAGAACUUCAGGCUCACCACACCUCCUAGCAGCACGUUUAGCAGGUUACAGUUCGCGGAGAUCGGCACAGAGUGGGAUGCUAAAGAACGCAUGUUCAGAAACAUCGGCGGCCUGAUGGGUCCCAUGGACGAGGCGGUGGGCAUGCAGAAGUGGAAUAAAGGGCCGAACGUCACCGUCACCAUCGUUUGGAUCGACCCCACCAACGUCAUCGCCGCGACCUAUGACAUCCUGAUCGAUGCGAGCGCAGAGUUCACACACUACCGCCCACCACUCAACCAGCCUCUGCGCCCUGGGGUGUGGAGCGUUCGCAUCCUGCACAACUGGAGCCCUGUGGCUGAGAUCAGAUUCCUCAUCACCCCACUGGCUUAUAACAAGCACCAGCCCAUCAGGCAAAAGGACACGUUAAAGCUCCACAAUGGCCCGCUGAAGAACAGCUACAUGGAGCAGAGCUUUCACGGUCUGAACCCGGUUCUGAACAUCCCCGUCAGCCUGGCGUACGUGGAACAAGCAAAGAGGAACGCAGCCCUGAGUGGCCCAGAGCUGGAGCGCUGGGUGGACGGCCUGGUGGGUGAGCUGUGGGAGGCAGCGGAUGUCUGCGCUGUUGGACCCACCGCCUGCCCGGUCAUGCAGGCCUGCACCAAAAGUCCGUGGAGCUCCAUGAGCCCAGAUCCCAAAUCCCAGCUCGGAGCGCCGCGGGCCGACGGUCGCAUUAGGUAGCACCGAGGCCUCCAGCUGGACAGGAGGCCACGGCACUGUUUAUUUUAUUUAUUUAAGAGCUUUCAUGCAAGUGGGGGAAGGGUGGGAGUUUCUUCUGUGCCCCCUGUGAAGAAUAAAUAAGUGGACUUUU